AUGAGUAAAAAUAAAAAUCAAUCAAAUAACAAUGACACAACAAGAAACCAAAGAUCAAAUACAAUUACCAAGCUCAAGAACAUACUACCAGCACCAAUAGAAUUAAAUAAUGGAGAAUCAUUAGAAAGUCAUAAACAAAACCAUAAGAGUCACAUUACAGAUGUAAGAAUAGGUGAUCAUCAUUUAAUAAAGGGAGAUUAUGGAUCAUCUUAUAUAGUAUGGCAAAUUAAAAUUACAAUAAAUGAUUUAGAUUUUUCAUCUAUAAUUUUAUAUAAACGAUAUAGCGAAUUGCUUCAAUUUUAUAAUGAAUUGAGAGUGAAAUACAACAAAACAGCAGAUUCCAAAAGAAAGAAAUCGAAAAAUCGAGUAAUUAAUGAAAUAGAAGAUGAAAUAAUAGAUCUAGAAGAGGAAUACGAUGAUACAUCAAACCUAAACAUUAUAAUACCAAGUCUACCACCAAAAGAUUCAUUAAGUUUUGAUAGGUUUAUUAUAAGUAAAAAUUGGCUAGAAGAAAGAAGAAAAGGGUUGCAGUGGUUUUUAAGUUCAAUAUUGUUGGAUCCAAUUUUACAAAAUGAUCCAAUUGUUAAGAAAUUUGUAUUAGAUGAAUCUAAGUAA